AUUAUUAUGGCGAAACUUUUUGUCAAGUUAGGUGUACGGCUCGAUCGUACGAAGUCUCAUCGAUCACUCGGGUUUUCCUCCUCACGUCGCAUCCAAUUUCCGUGAGGCUUUAACGUCAUUCCGAUCUUGGCUCUCGACAUGUGCUGCUCUGUUCAAUGUGCUAAUUCUCCGUUUGCCGCCGCCGCCGCUUUUUGGGUACCUGCGGACGUGGUGAGACCGAAUUACCUUUUCACUUUAAUUACGUGUUCUCCAGGGAUACAUUACACUGUUGUUCGGAAAGUUUCGACGAGACACGUUUAUUUAACGUCAUGUACGUGUCAAAAUGGCGCCAGGUGUAUUGGGCUCUCAGACACUGUGGACAAAUGAGGAAAGUUUAAGAUUAUAAAAAUAAUAAUAAUGUCUUUAUUAUUUUGAGGAUGCC